UUCCGUUCCAUUCCAAUAGCGCAUUCCAUUCCAGUAGCGAUUGUUCCUUUUCAUUUCAUUGUAUACUUUCGAACAUUCCAUAAGCCUUCGGUCCAAUCGCUUUUCAUGACCUUUGAAGGUAAGAGUGAAGACGAUGCAAUAGAAACAUCCGAUGGGGGAAAUGGAUAGGCAAAUACAGGUUUCUCUGAGGAACCUCUCAUGGGCUUGCAUCACCGUUGCUUCCUUCACCGUUCUCCUUCUCUUCCUUCAAACCCCUGACACCUGUGUUCCUCCAGACGCACCCUCCAAGCCUCACCUCCGAUUCCCCAAAUCUUCCUGCGAUUUCUCCCCUCGUGUCUACGUUCCCAUCGACAAGAAGAACAAACGCCUCUGGUCCUCCAGAGAAUGGCUCAAGAAGGUCGAUUCCUAUGUUAAAUUCUUCAUAUCCAUUCAAGAUCUAGGUCUUCUCCAGAAGAAUUCCAGAGCCCUCUGUGUUUCCGCCGGAGCCGGACACGAGGUCAGGGCUCUCACCAACAUGGGCGUGCUCGACGUUACUGGAGUCGAGUUGAUCGAAUCACCGCCACUGGUGGCUCGGGCUGAUCCGCAUAACCUGCCCUUCUUUACCAAUUCGUUUGAUUUUGCUUUCACUGCCCAUUUUGCCGAGGCAUUGUUCCCAUCACGAUUUGCGUCCGAGAUGGAAAGGGCGGUUGAGGCCGGGGGGGUAUGUGUGCUUGUAGUUGAGGAAUGUGGGGAUGAUGAGGUGAAGGAGAUUGCGGGCUUGUUUAGGAAUUCAAGAUUCAUUAGCUCAAAUAAUGUUACUCUUAUUCGAUUAAAAAGGACGAGUAUUAUUAUGAAAACAAGAAAUUCUUGAUGACCAUUGGUUAAAUUUUUUAUUUUCAAGUACUCUACAUUUCAUUCGUUGGUUAUACCCCUGUAAAUUCGAUGAUGCUUUAAAUUGAAUGAAGCGCUCCUGCAUUAGGUAUUA